AUGGUCUUAUCCGUGGCUAAUGUGCUUAGGGCAGUGGACGCAAAACUCGCAGUACAUCGCGACUCUCGAUACACGGCCUUACAUAGUAUAACAUGUAAGAUAAAAGGUUACGGAAUGAAAGGCAAUAUGAAGAAGUGUAAACAAAAUGUACUUAAAAAGCAUGAGGCAGAACCAUUAACCACAGAACCUACUACAGCGACUACUGAAGCUUCUUCAACGAGUAUUGAACGCACGUCAAUUACAGAACUUACUACAAUUACUGAACCUACCACAUCAACUGUUAAUCUCUCCACAAUAACUAAUGAGCCUUCCACAACAAUCUUCGAAUACACAACUAUAACUGAUUUGAAUACUUUAACCAAUACUGAAUCUACAAGUCCUGAUCUUUCUAUUGAAUACACUCUAAUUACUGGAACAACUACUAAAUCUACAACAAGACCUGAUCUUUCUACUGAAUAUACUAUAACAAGUAUUGAAUAUAACACAAAAAGUGCAAAACCUACUUCUUCAUAUAUUGAACCUACAGUAACAAUUGUUCGGCCUACUAAAACAUUUUCUUCUUCGAUAAAGGAUACUGAAUCCACAACAACAAAUAUUCAGGCAACGGCUACCACUUAUCCAACAAUAACCACUACUGACCAAAGUAAAUUAACAGCACAACUAAGCACAGAUUAUCCUUACCUUACGACAACAUCUACUGAAUUAACUACGACGAUCAUUACAUCAUCUGUAAGAACAAUCAAAUCGACUACAACUGAACCUAUAACAAUUUAUGAACCUAUUAUUCAAUCAACAGAAGUUAGUGUUUCAGCAUUUAUUGAAUCCAUGCUAUCAACUACCGAAAUUGAUAUAAUUACUACUGCACUUAAAACAAUGCACCCGCAAACUAUGACAACUCUUCAAUCUACUGCUACAACAAGUAAUGACUUGUCUGCUUCAGUCACAAACCCUACUCAAAUCAGUACUGAAUUAAAUACUAUCACUACUAAACUUUUAACAACGAUUUCUGAAUCUAUAACAACUCUUCAAUAUCAAUCAACAAUUCAACAACCAACAAUAACUACUGAAACUGUAAAAACAAGUAAUCGACCUUCAAUAACAUUUAUUCAGCUUCCCCAAACAACAAUUUACCCUUUGAUAACAACUUCUGAACCUACAAUGAUAAGGAAAACAACAACAAGCCAAGAAGCUGCAACUUCCCCAACAAUAACGCCUAAAACAGAUUCAGCAGCUACAGAAAAUAUUACAGCAAACGUGGACACUUCAACUGUUUUUGAAUCUAAACCAAUUACAACUGAACCUACCACAUCAACUGUAAAUCUCCCUACAAUAACUACGGAAACUGGACCUUCAACAACAAUCCUCAAAUAUCCAACUAUUACUGAAUCAAUUACUGCAACAACUACUAAAUCCACAACAAGCCCUGAUCUUACUUCUGAGUAUACAAUAACAAGUAUUGAAUUUAACACAAAAAUUGCUGAACCUACUUCAUCAUAUAUUAAACCUACAAUAACAAUUUCACAACCCAUUAAAACGGAAAUGAUUUCUUCUAAAGGACCUACUGAAUCUACUCCAACAAAUAUUCAGGCAACAACUACAUUUUAUCCUACAGUAACCACUGCGGAACAAAGUCAAUUAACAACACUGCUAAGCACAGAUUCUACUUACCCUACGACAACAUCUACUGAAUUAACUACGACGAUUAUUACAUCUUCUGUAAGAACAAUGGAAUCGACUACAACUGAACCUAUUACAACUUUUGAACCUAUUAUUAAACCAACAGAAGUUAGUGUUUCAACAUUCAUUGAAUCCAUGCUAUCAACUACCGAAGUUGAUACAUUCACUGUUGUACCUAAAACAAUGCAGCCAGAAACUGUGCCAACAACUCUUCAAUCUACGUCUACAGCAAGUAAUGAAUUGUCUGCAUCAUUCACAGACCCUACUCAAAUCAGGACUGAAUUUAAUACUUUCACUACUAAACUUUUAACAACAAUUUCUGAAUCUAUAACAACUCUUCAAUAUCAAUCAACAAUUCAACAGUCAACAAUAACGACUGAAACUAUAACAACAAGCAAUCGACCUUCAAUGACAUUUACUCAGAGUUCCCAAACAACAAUUUACCCUUUGAUAACAACUUCUGAACCUACAAUGAUAAGGAAAACAACAACAAGCCAAGAAGCUGCAACUUCCCCAACAAUAACGCCUAAAACAGAUUCAGCAGCUACAGAACCUAUUACAGACAACGUGGACACUUCAACUGUUUUUGAAUCUAAACCAAUUACAACUGAACCUACCACAUCAACUGUAAAUCUCCCUACAAUAACUACGGAAACUGGACCUUCAACAACAAUCCUCAAAUAUCCAACUAUUACUGAAUCAGUUACUGCAACAACUACUAAAUCCACAACAAGACCUGAUCUUACUUCUGAGUAUACAAUAACAAGUAUUGAAUUUAACACAAAAAUUGCUGAACCUACUUCAUCAGAUAUUGAACCUACAAUAACAAUUUCUCAACCCAUUAAAACGGAAAUUAUUUCUUCUAAAGGACCUACUGAAUCUACUCCAACAAAUAUUCAGGCGACAGCUUCCACUUAUCCUACAGUAACCACUGCGGAACAAAGUAAAUUAACAGCACAACUAAGCACAGAUUCUGAUUACCCUACGCCAACAUGUACUGAAUUAACUGCUUCCAUCACUAAAUCUUCUGUGAAAACAACUGAAUCCACUAUAACAAGAGAAACUAUCACAACUUUUGAACCUAUCAUAAAACCAUUUACUGAAUCCAUGCUAUCAACUUCCGAAAGUGAUACAAGUGAUACAAUUAUUUCUGCACUUACGACAAUGCACACGGAAACUCUGACCACAACUUUUCGAUCUACUGCUACAACAAGUUGUGAAUUGUCUGCAUCAUUCACAGACCCUACUAAAAUCAGUACUGAACUUAAUAUCUUCAUUACUAAACUUUUCACAACAAUUUAUGAUUUUAUAACUUCUAAACAUCUAUCAACAAUUCAACAACCAACAAUACCUACUGAAACUAUGAAAACAACCAUUAAACCUUCAAUAACAAUUACUCAGAUUCCCAAAACAACAAUUUAUCCUUUGAUAACAUCUUCGGAAACAAAGACAAUAACAGAAACAACAACAAACCCAGAACUUUUAACUUUAAUAACAAAUAUGUCCAUAGCCGAACGUAUAACAUUAACUCGAACUAUUUUAACUAUUUCUGAAUUAAGUACAACACCUAUUGAUCCUUCCUCCAUAAGCAUCACGAAACCUUUGACAACAACUACACAAGCUAGUACAUUAUCUGCAGAGCCUAUUCCAACCACUGCUGAAAUUACUUCAUCAGUUUUUCUACUAUUCGCAAGAACUAAUGAACCUAGAAUAACAACCAUUAAAACCUCAAAAAUAAGUAAUAAAUUUAUUAAAACAACGAUUGUCCAUUCGAUGAAAACUUCAGAAUCUACAAUAAGUGAAGCAACAACAAGAUUCAAUCCUUCAAACUCAGACACAAAACCUAUCACAUCCUCAUUUGAAACUAUAAGAGGUACUGAGCCUAUUUCAGCUAGGUCUGAUUUAAAUACAAGACCAAUUGAUCCUCCCACAAUGAGAAUCGCCAACUCUAUGACAACAGCUAUGGGACAUACCACAAUUUCUGAAUCUAUUUUAAACACAACUGAAACAAUUGCUAUAUUUUCUUUACUUUACACUGAACCUUUCUCAACAAAUACAAUAUAUAAUAUCACAACUAAUAUUGAAACGACGACAUCAAUACAUGAACCUGCUAUAAGCACUAUUGAACCUACUACAAGUACAAUGGAUCCUUCAAGAGCAAUUGUUGACAUUCCAAGAUUAACAACACAACUUGGUAAAGAAACUACACUUACUUACCAUACAACAAUUACUCCAACUACCAUUGAAUCUUCUAUAAAAGUAACUGAAUCUACGAAAACAAUCACAGAACCUAACAGUUUUAAACUCUUUAUGAGAACUACUGAAGUUAUAUAUUCAGCGACUAUUAAAUCUACAGCAUCGUCUACGUAUGUAUCAAAAUCUAAUACUACACUAACAAUAUUCCCCUCAGAACCUAUAACAACACUUCUUCAACCUAGUACAACAACAACAGAAUAUACAAACAACUUUGAUGCUAUGACGCCAAUAUCUACUAAACACAAAACUGAAAGUACAACUGCUACUGAUUCUCAAACAACAAAUUCUGAAUAUAGUAUAUUAACAACACAACUUGGCACAGAAACUAUUUACUCUAGCAUGACAAAUACUGAAUAUUCUACAACUACCAUCGAGUCUUCUAACAGAAUAAGUGAAUCUACUACAACAACCCUAGGUCCUGGCACAACAAGUGUUGAACCCUACACGGAAAGUACCGAUUUUAUACCUUCAACGGCUGUUCAAUCUUCCGCAUCAAUUAGUUUUAUUUCUACAACCAUUAUUCCACUUUCAGUAAUGCCCUCAGAACCUAUGACAACUCAUCAACCUACUACAAAAAAUAAUGAAUUAUCUACACCAACCAGCAAACCAAAAAGUACCAUUGCUGAUUUUAAUCCUAUAUCUUCUAAAUUUAUUACAACAAAUCCUGAAUCCACAACAUCUCAAAAACGUACAGCUACUACUGAAUCAGUAACAACAACCAUUGAACCUUCUAUAAAAAUUUCUCAGUCAAAUGAAUCAACAAUUGUCCCUUCGAUAAGAACUUCGGAACCUUCAAUAUCAAUAUAUGAAUCAUCAAUGCAUUCUGAAUCUGCAACAUCAAAUGCAAAAUUUACUACAACCGCAGCUGAACCCUUAACAACUACUCAACCUACGUUAGCUACUUCUGAACUAAAAUUAACACCUUCAGAACUUUCGACCAUAAGCAUCACAAACCCUAUGGCAACAGCUAUAGGAUAUACUACGACACCUAUCGAACCUCUUGCAGCCACCACUGAAACUACUCUGUCAAUUCUAUCGAUUGAUGUUCUUUCAACAAAAGCAAUUGAAUCUAUUUCAACAACACCUGACGACCCCAGUACAACAACUAAGGAAUAUAAUACCAUAACCAAUAUGGAACCAACGAUAAUACCUGCACUUACUAAAAGCACUAUUGAGACUACUAUCACUUCUUCCAAUCCUACAAUUACCACAGUUUCACAGACUAGAUUAACAAUACAACUUGGCACAGAAACUACUUACCCUAGAACAACAACAACUGAACUUAGCACAACUACAAUUGAACCUUCUACAACUACAAUUAUUGAAUCUCUUUCACCAAUUACGGAUCUUAUCAAAACAUAUUUCGAACCCCCAAUCAGAACUUCAGAUGUUAUUCCUCCAACAACGAUUGAAUCUACAGCAACAAUUACUAAUGUUUCUACAACCACGGUAUUGACAAUAUUGCCCUCAGAACCUUUGACAACAACUCUUCAACGAACCACAAGUAGUAAUAAAUUGUUAACAACAUUCACAGAGUUUAUUGCAACCAUAACGGAGCCUUCUACGUCAUCUGCAAAGCUUAUUUCAACAUUUAAUGUGUUUACAACAAAUAAUCAACAAGCAACAUCUCAACAACCAAUAAUCAUUACUGAACCCGUUACAACAACCAUUGAAAGUUUUAAAAUCAAUAAUCAGUUUGAUGAAACAAUUGUUCAUUCGAUUACAACAUCUGAGCUUGCAACAUCUAUAAUUGAAGACACAACAAGCUUUGAACCUAAAAUAUCAACUACGAAAGCAACUGCAUCUACAGCUGAAUCUUUAAUAACUCUUGAACAUAUCUCAGCUACUUCUGAACAAAGUUCAACACCGAUUGAACCUUCCACUAGAAAUUUCAUUAAAGCUAUGAUAACAACCUCGGGAUAUAUUACAAAAAAUGCUGAAUCUUUCUCAACCACUACUGACUCUACUACAACAGCUUAUUUACUAACCACGGAAACAACUGAACCUAUAUCAACGACAAUCAAUCCUAUUAUUACAGCAAGUGAAUAUCCUUCCACAACUAAUGUUGAAGCCACAACAAUAAUUUCCAAACUUCCAAAAAGCUUUAUUGAAUCAAUUACAACUAUUCCUUAUCCUACAACAACCACUGCUGAGCAUAGUAAAUUAAAAACACAACUUGGCACAAAUACUACUUACUCUACAAAAAUUACUGAACAUACCACAACUACCAUCGAACCUUCUAACGGAAUGAAUAAGUUUACUACAACUCAAGGACCUGGCACAACAAGUGUUGAACCCAAUACGAACAGUACAGAUGUUAUACUUUCAACGACUUUUGAAUCUUUGGGAUCAAUUAGUUAUGCUUCUAGAAACAGUAUUGCAAUUACAGCAAUGCCCUCAGAACCUAUGACAACUGAUCAAUCUGCUAGAACAAAUAAUGAAUCAUCUACACCAACCAGUAAACCAAUUGGUACCAUGACUGAUUUUACUUCAAUAACUGCUAUAUCUUUUACAGUGAGUCCUGAAUCCACAAUUACACCUCAACAACCAACAAGUACUUCUGUAAUAAUAACAACAACCAUUGAACCUUCAAUAACAAUUUCUCAGUUAAUUGGACCAACAAAUGUACCUUCGAUAAGAACUUCGGAAUCUACAACAUCAAUAUAUGAAUCAUCAAUACAUUUUGAAUCUGCAACAUCAAAUGCAAAAUUUACUACAAUCGCGGCUGAACCUUUUACAACUAUUCAACCUACGUUAGCUACUUCUGAACUGAGAUCAACGCUUUCAGAACUUUCCGCCUUAAGCAUCAGAACUCCUAUAUAUAUGGCAACAACUUAUGGAUAUACUACGAUACCUUUCGAACCUAUUUCAGCCACUACUGAAACUACUCUGUCAAUUCUACCUCAGAAUCUCAGAACUACUGUAUCUACUGUCCAUUCAACUAAACAUACCACAGCCUCUACUGAAAUUACAUCAGUCUUAACACAAACUUCCACAGCGACUACUGGACCUUCAACGGAUAUAAUUGAACAAUGGUCAACUUUGAGACCUACCAAAUCCUUUUUUAAAACUAAUUUUUCUGUCAGGUCUACAAAAUGCUUUGACAGUUUUCCAUCGACAAGUGAACGUAACACACCUUCAUCAAGAUCUUCCAUAAUAGCUAUUGAUACUUUUAGAACAUAUAAUGAACCUCCUACUAAAACUUCUGUGCUUCCAACAUCUAGUAUUGCAACCACUACUGAACCUACAUCAUCUACCUAUGGACUAACGACUACCGCAAGCACUUUUGAAAUUGUUACCACUAAUGAAAUUACCAUAACAACUACUGAAUCUACAACACUUCCUAUAGAAAUAACUGAACCCACAAUCAAAAUCAAUAUUACCUCUUCAAGGCCUACCACAGAAACAAAUGAAACUAUGAUAACAACUGAACUGACUACACCGACUAGUAAAGACUUAUCAACAGCUAAUGUUGAAACAACAACACAUUUGUUGUCUACAAUAGACCAUAAUAAGUCUACUGCAAAUACAAAAGAACAUUUUUUAAUCCUUACUGGUGUAAAAACCACCCCAGUGUCUCCUAAAUCUGAAGGAAACCGAAAUGGUGGAGUCUUUAAUGGUAUGUUUGAUUUUCAAUAUCCUUCUAGGUUUUUCUUUUAG